AUGUAUGAUUACGAUGGUGAUAUAUUGGAGGAGGAUCCUCGAUACAAGAAAAUGGCACCACCGAAACCCGUCAUUCAUCGUUGGUCAUCAACGGAAUGGGAGAAUUUCGAAGAGGACAAGUCAAAACUUCAAGGAACCACAAUGGACCAAGCGAAGAUUGACUCCAUUGAUGGUGAAAUGCAGAGAGCAUUUGUGCCAAUCAGCGAUCAUUCGGGAGCAUUGCCCGCCGAUUCAGCUUUCACGAUGAAUCCUCAAGCGCCGCAAGUGGUACCGAAUGUGCAAUCUGAAGAGACAACUCGAGCUUCAAUUGGCUUUGAGAACGACAAUUUUGCGGCGCAAAAGGUUGGUGAAUCGUCUGAAAUCUUCUGGUUUUCUACUGUGAAAGUUAAAGUCUUAGCCAUUAUUUUGGAGUUUUAUUUAGCAUGCUAUGACGACGAUCAAUUGUUGAGAUGUAUCGCAGCGGAAUUCGUCGAAUUUCAUAAUAGACUGCAUUGCUUCAUUUCGGAAAAAAGUCGACAUCGUGAGAACAUAAAGACAUAUAAGUGCAAGUAUUGA